UGUCAUUGACAGUUGAAUGAAAGUCCUAAUAACGUGAUUACAAGAUUGUGCUGUAUCACGCCAACUUUGUGUUUUAUUGAUAUUUCAGUAAAAAGGACAGAGAUUCUUCAGGAAAUGGGCAAUAAUGGAAGUUAAUAUUACUGAAAGGGUGGGAUUAAUAUGUGUAUAGAAGACUCAUUAUGUACGCACGUUGCUUGCUAUUUCUCGUAGGCUAGUACAGCAUCUCGAAACCAACAGGUAACCUAAAUGCAGCAUUUAAUUUUUUUAAAUCUACAAAUACAAUUUUACGUCGACUUUGUUGUGCGUUAUAAGUUUACUCAUAAUAUUUCAUCAUAGUAUUGAAACAUUUUUUUCACAUGGAAUUUCAUCAUUUUAACUAAAUGCGCACUAUUUGUUUGGUGUAGUAUUAUUACUGUGAUGAGGGAACAGCUGUGAACUAAAAGAUGGAGGAUGUGUGGACUGACGUUUACUGUGUAAUACAAAUAACGGAUGUAUUUAGUGUUUUUAAUUUAAGUGGGCGUAUUGUGGAAUAAAUAAAAAGUAUUUUUAACAAUGUGACAACAGUGAAGUGUUUUAUGAACAUGAGUACGUAUAAUUUGAACUAGCUAAUAUUUCGAUUAUUGAUCCCCAUGUUCCGUAACUUAACAUUACGAAUGAUAUGCUUGAAAAGUGAAAAAGAUUCAUCACCCAAAACUAGAGUGUAAUAGGAAAUUAAUAUUUCAUAUAAUGGAUUGUGUUGGUGAGUUUGAAUAUAGCAGCAAGGAUUUAAUUGGCCAUGGCGCCUUUGCUGUUGUCUUCAAAGGCAGACACAGGAAGAACCCAAAUUUUGUGGUUGCCAUUAAAAGCAUCACAAAGAAAAAUCUGGCCAAAUCGCAGAAUUUGCUGGGAAAGGAGAUUAAAAUAUUGAAGGAAUUGACAGAACUUCAUCAUGACAAUGUUGUGGCACUGCUUGACUGCAAGGAAACAUCACACAAUGUGUUUCUCGUUAUGGAGUACUGCAAUGGAGGUGAUUUGGCAGAUUACUUAGCAGUGAUGGGAACUCUGAGUGAGGACACAAUUCGACUUUUCCUCUGUCAGUUGGCAGGAGCAAUGAAGGCAUUAUAUGCCAAGGGCAUUGUCCACCGCGACUUAAAGCCACAGAAUAUUUUGCUGAGUCAUAGUGGUGGCAAAUCCUGUCCACACCCGCAAGAGAUUCGACUGAAAAUCGCCGACUUUGGCUUUGCAAGGUUCCUUCAAGAUGGAGUUAUGGCAGCUACGCUUUGUGGAUCGCCAAUGUACAUGGCACCAGAAGUGAUCAUGUCUCUACAGUAUGAUGCCAAAGCAGACCUCUGGAGCUUGGGUACCAUAGUGUUUCAGUGUCUGACUGGCAAGGCGCCAUUCCAUGCCCAGACACCACAAGCGCUCAAACAGUUCUAUGAGAAGAAUGCAAACCUUGCUCCAAAGAUCCCGUCAGGGACAUCUCCAGAAUUGGCUGAUCUUUUGUUUGGAUUACUGCGACGUAAUGCUUGUGACCGUAUACCGUUUGAUAGUUUCUUCAACCACCCAUUCCUACAACGCCGCCCAGUACCUACGCCACCUCGGUCACCGCCGUCUUGUCCCUUGCCAGGAGAACUUCCACCUUCUCCUGGCACGCUUUUUACCCCCGUUACAGCAGCAGCUGCGAUUACGGCAAGCCCAGUGCAACAGAGGGUUGAUCGAAGCUCCCCAGAUCCAGGGUCUCCACUUUCUGUUAGAGGGCAGGGAAGCAGUUCAAGUCCAGAAGAAACAGAUGACUUUGUUUUGGUUCCUUCUAACCUCCCUUCAGACCAGUCCAGUGACAGUAAUCCUACAGACAGGCAGGCUGUGGCGCACAGGCCUUGCUUGGCAGUUGCUAGCCCCCCAAGGCCCAGUUUCCUUCCUAUCUCAGAGCCAAUUCCAGUUCCAACACAGCGGUGUGUAUAUCAGCAGCUGCACCCCAAUGAUGGACUGCCCUCCCCAACGAAGAGCACAGUUCCCAGAUCUCAGCCAAUUAGUAUGAAGCGAGGUAGUGACCACACAAGGACAGCGCCACCGGAUCUCAGCUCGCUCUCCCCACCUUCAGUUCAGUUUAUGAUUGGAACACCACCAGGAGGAGGGCAGCGUCGACGAUCAGCAUCAGGAAGUUCGUGUGAAACUCCACCUCCUGUCACUACUUGGCAAGUUUCUCCGGUAUCUGGAGGGAAACUCACACCAACAAGUUCACCUCUCAGGCGGUCAGGUGCCAGCUCACCACUUCUGAGUGGCCCAUUAGCUGUGCUUCCUCCUAUUUUGGACUCACCAGUACGCAUGGCUGACAAUAACAAUCCACACCACUCACCUGUCAUGCCAUUUGGUACACGAGCUAUGACACUUCCUGAAAUUUCAGGUGGAUACCAGCGUCUUUUUAAUGAUGCUCCCGCUCCUCCAUUGGAUGGCCCCAUUACUUUUGUUGCACCAGAACUGCCUGAGGAAACACUUUUAGAGAGAGAACAUAAUGAGACUCUAGCCAAGCUGAACUUUGUGCUGGCACUGUCAGACUGCGUUGUUGAAUUGGCACAAGCAAGAGCGACGCCAUUAGCAGCACUGACUGAGAGCACGGCUGGAUGUCAGCAGACUGAAGGUGGUCGUCGUGCUGAGCGGUUAGUGUUGCUAGUACGGGCACUGCAGCUGCUUAGUUCAGGGCUCAACUUGGCAACUCAGCAAUUACGAACAGGCCAACUACAACCUUCGGCUUCCGUUAAGAGUGUUGUUAGUGUUCUAAAUGCCAAAUUCAGACAAUGUUUGAGUGAUUGCAAGCAGUUGAACACUCCUGGGCUAUUGCAAAGGGCUGGUGUGGACCCAGGAAGCACAAACAUUACUGCUGACAAGAUUCUCUACAACCAUGCAAUCCAAAUGUGUCAGUCGGCAGCUUUGGACGAGUUGUUUGGGAACCCAGAGGAAUGUUUUCAGCGUUACCAAACUGCACAGAUACUGCUGCACAGCCUGUCGCAGCAAGUGAAUUAUCAGCAGGACCGCACCCUGCUCAUAAAGUACAAAGAUGCAGUGGAGAAAAGGUUGUAUGUUCUACAGCAGCAAGGGUAUAUCUAUUCCACCUGACCUGAUCCCUUGUGGAUGUGUGUUACUACUAGUACUACUACUGCUACUGUUGUUACUACUACUACUGCUACUACUACUACUACUACUAAUAAUAAUAAUGAUAAUACUGCAAGGGUGUAUCUACUUGAUC